AAAAAUGUGCAGGUUUUUUUUUUUUUUUUUGCAAAAGCAAUUAUUUAAAAUAUGUUACCAAAAAUAGGUAAAUAUUAUAAAAAAAAUAUUCACUACUAAUGUCUUUUAUAAUAUUAAAAAUAAUAUGCUGACAUUUUCAUAGAAAUGCAGUCACUGGUUAAUUUUGAAACAUUCUUCCUAAAGAUGUCUCUGGAGCCACAGGUGAAAUCAGACUUCUCAAGCCAAGCUGCAGUCUUUCAAAAGAUGAUGUUCUUGAAGUCACUGAAGAAGGUGUCGUCUUUCAGAAAUAUGGCUGCCCAUCUAAUGGAAAUGAUUUACUGGUGUCGAAGCUGUAAGUUUCAUCAAGAGCGUAAGCAUCUGGCCUUCUUACACCUGAAGUGUCUGAGAAUGGAGUGUCUGGAAGCUGAAGAUGUCGGGGUGAAGAAGAGAUUAAAGAAGUUUAAAUUUAAGGUUCAAAAGGCAUUGAUGUUUCAAAAGACUUUGCCACAAAAACUUUCCAGUUCCUUCACUGCACUUUGGAGAACUCAAUGGCACCAUGGAUUCUUCAUGACAUGCUGCAGAACUGCCAGAUGCAGAUCUACAUUUUCCAGGAUGUGUUCUAGACCAUUUAAAGACUUUGUUUCAUCGAAACACAGAACCUGCAGGCCACAGCAACAAUCCUCAAAAGAAGAGGUGUCAGGAAACAAAAAGGUACCUGGAGCUGGGGGAAAAAAAGGACUCUCAGACUGCGAUGCAGAAACCAAAUGUGCUAAAUGAUGAUAUUGAUGAUAUUUUUGCAUCCUCUGGAUUUUAAGGGGUUCAUAGUGUUUUUUUUUUUUCUUUAUUCUUUUGAUGAUAAUUAGGGCUGGGCGAGAUAU